UAUAUUAUUAAGUUAAAAAUAUGUUAUCGUGAUUAGAAAAUGUUUAAAUAUGGUGUGCACUGCUGGACUUGUCUGGGGGCAUCUCUUUCACAAAACUCAAACCACAUUGGCUAAGGGGAUUGGAUUUGUUUAGCAUGCUUCCUCCCUAGUCCCCCCUCCCCCCCUAUAUACCUAUUUCUCGUUUUCUUUCUUUUUCUUUCAAACUCCAAAAAUGCAACAACAUUUGCUUUGAUUUCUGUGUGAUAAAUGAGAAUCUUAAAUUCUUCCUCAUCAGUCCUAAUAAUGCUAUUUUAUUCUUUCCUCUUUUAAAUUUUUUAUUAUUAUUUAUAUAUAUCUUUGGGGGGUGGUCACUUUGGCAGUAUCUACAAGAGGCAAAUUAAAGGUGGGAUGUUAAUAACCUCUCUCAAACAAAGAAAGCCCAAGUCUCCAAGUUUGGUGAUUUGCAAGCUCCUCAAAGUUCUUCUCUUCAAUGAAGUACGACGUUACAGGUAAUAUACAUUCCCAAUUUAUUGAGUCCAAUUGAAGAAACGUCGUCUCUCUUCCUCCUCUUCUUCUUCUGUCUUUUUAUCAGUUCGGUUUUAAAAAUGGAGAAGUUUAUUAAUCAAUACGAUAAGGAAUACAUGAAGAUGGCGAUGUUAAAGCACGAAGAAAUCUUCAGAGAACAAGUGUACGAACUUCAUCGUCUAUAUCAAACUCAGAAAUUACUGAUGAAAAGCAUGUCAAGUACUAGCCGGCCUCUACAACAAGUCAUGAAAGAUCAUCAUCAAGUGGUGGUCAACCAUCUUGAUUCAAACAAAAAGAUUACUACCCGUCAAUGUAUUGACUUGGAAAUAAGGCCAAGUACUGAUGAAGAACACAUUGCAGAAUCAGGUGGUGAAGAUGAUAGUCAUGAAUUGGAAUUAACUUUAGGGCUGUCAAGUUACAACGUUCGUCGCAGGAGAAAAAUAGCUAAUUUUGAUUCUUCUUCACCAAGUUUUUCUUCUUCUAAUUCAACGGGAUCCGCUUCUAGCCAAAUAAAGCAUACUACGACAAAUUUAGCAAGAAAUUUGAGGAAUAUUGAAGGCCAUAAAUGGGGACUUGAAGAGAAUUUACCCGUAUCGAAUAAUUUCCAGCUUGGUGGAAGAACGUCACAAAGUAAUCAAAAUGUUGAUCAAGAGCAAUAUAGAUCACAAGAUUCAUUGAAUAGUCCUCCUUGGCUUUUUCAAGUUUUGAGUUUGAAUAUGACUUGAGAAAAAAAGAGUACUAUUUAAUUAUGAGAUGAUUAGUCGAUCGGAUGUGAUAAGAUUUUAGACUUUCAUCCUACCGAUCGACUACUUAUGUAAUUUAAUUUGUGUGAAUUUUAGUAUGAUCUUUUAUUUCUCCAGUUAUAGUAUUAAUAUUCUGAUUUUCUUUGCUUAAUUUGCUAACGGUAUUUUUGGGAUUCAAAAGCCAAACAAAGUUGCUUUGAUUUGAGUUCUUUGGA